AUGAGCUACCCUCCAUCCCAUAACGGCCACUAUCAUAACCGCCAUCCCUCUCAGCAAGCCGCCCAGCCGCCACUCCUGUAUAACAACGUGAACUUCAACGCUAAUGCCAUUGCGUCGGCGUACCAAUAUGGCAAACCCGCUGUCUACCCCCAGGCUAUGAUACCGCCCUACCAACCGUAUGGUCAGGUACCCAACCAGCAGCCACAGCAACCACAGCAGCCGCAGCAGCCACAACUCCAUGUGAAUCCCGCGGAUAUAUUCCAACAGCCGAUACUUCCUUCGCCGUCUCCAGCCUCCUUUAGUAACCACCCUUUUUCUCAAUAUGGCGCGCAAUCUGCGGUCCCUGUUGCUGGCAACAACCGCUCGCCGUCAUUCACUACUCCCGCUGCAGCUCCGCCGGCGCCAGUCCCAGCAGUAACACCAACACCGACCCCACAAUAUGAGCCUAGUCCUAUCAAUGCGAGUAAUCAAGCUUUCAACAAAAUUCCUAAACCGGCCGCGGCCUCGCAAACCCCGUCAGAUACCAAUUCCGCUGUAGUGGUCCCACCGGUAGUGACUACUCCGCCAGUUCAAGUUCUAUUACCGGCCCCGUCGCCAGAGAAGAUGCAGCGCCCGCCUUCGAAGAAACAAACACAAAAACAGCCGACCCAACAGCCCGCGCCGAAACCUGCGAAACCUGGAAUAGACUAUCAGGUCCUUUUACUGGCCAUGGCUGACGAGUACCUCAAUACUGCUCAUAGCCAUGGGACGAAUGUUGCAUUGUUGAGGGACAUGGAGCUGGAGGAAUACUACAGGUUGGUUGCGACUGGCCUUGGAUGUCUGGAAGCAGUUCUGAAGAACUGGAGGUUACAACCUCGUGUCGAAGCCCUGGUGCGACUGAGAUAUGCGCGCGUGCUCUUUGAGGAAACGGACAACGACUUGGAGGCUGAGACGGCAUUGAGCAAGGGAAAUCGUAUGCUCGAUCUGAAGUACAGUAUGCAGCAUCUGCUAGCGCGUAUGUUGUACAAAACAAACCCGAAGGCCGCUCUGAAGGCCGUGGAUGGGAUGAUCCAGGACGUCGAAGCGUACCGCCACUUUGCAUGGGAAUACGCCUUCCGUUUUCUUCGAGUGUCGCUCUCCUUGUCAUCGCAUGGUCACCAAGAGUCUACAUCAGCUUUACAACAUCUUCAUAAGAUCUCUAUUAUGGCAAAUCGCAAUGGUGACAGAGCCGUUUCUGCCAUGUCUGCCAUAAUCGAAGCCUUGGCACAUCUCCAGCAAGGAUAUAGCUCAGACUCAAUUGAACAAGCCCAACGAGCAAUAGCAGCCGCACGAAGCCAUCAACUUAAUGAUGAACUACGUCAUGUUCCGCAGCUCACAACUCUGGUCCAAAUUGUGGAUAUCUGCUGCAGUCUGCUUGAAUAUGAUGUGAAUCAAUCCGCCCAGAAACUCAAGGUAUUACAAGACCUGAUGGAUGAGCGACUGAACGAUUCAAAUUGGCGCAUUGAUGGCUCAUUCUCAAUACCUUUGAGUGGGGAUAUCCUUCAAGUACAGAGCGGUACUUUACUACUCAGUUUCAGUUGGCUACCCCAGCAUGACCUCUAUGCUCUCUGCUACUUUCUUAGUUCCAUCACACUGAGUUGUAAGAACUCACAUGAUGGGCGUAAGGCUGAAAAGUUUCUUCAGGAGGGUAUAUUCUUGGCUUCUAGCCGCACAGACUGGGAUUUCGCUAAUAGAACCCUGAAGGAGCUCCGGCUAGAGGUCCAAUCAUUCGGCGACAAUCUUCCUCAUACAAUGCAAUGCCUGAUGCAGUACGCAGCAGGUACCAUUGCACAGGCGACGGGCGAUUUAGAGACAGCCUUGGCCGUUUUUCAAUCCCCGCUAUUCUUAUUAUCCGGUUUCAACAAAACCGCUCGCAAUGACCCUCACCGCGACCUCGCCAUCCUGGCAACCAUCAACAUCGUCCUCAUCCUCAGCAACCCAGCCCACCCAUCUCAUUCUCACCUGCCAAACCUCCUCGCCACACUUGAGUCUUUCUGUCGCGCAAGCCCUAAUAAGUACAUCCAAGCCGCAUAUUUCUUGCUCUGCGCGACCACAAACACCGAAUCGACCAUCCAGACUAAACAAAACCUCCAGCAAGCCCUCCAGGCUGCCACCGCAAUCAGUAACAGCCAAAUCAUAUGCAUGACCUUAACCUUCAUGAGCUGGAAAUAUUUUCGUGGAGUCGUGGGCGAGCAAGCCGAAAAAAGCGCUCGCGCGGGCCGCGCAAUGGCGGGAAAGGCCAGCGACCGUCUUUGGGUUAGUGUUACGGACGAUAUGCUUGCAGAGACUUUAGAAAGGCAGGGGAAAGGCGAAGAGGCGAAGAGUGUCCGAGAGGAGGGUUACAGGGUCAUGACGAACCUGCCACCGGCAUUGAGACGGCCUACCUAG